UUUCAAAAAAGACUUAGGAUAGAGUAUAAUAUGUUAACCAAACAUUAGAAAUUAAAACGAUUUAGAUUUUUGUUGUAAAAGAGCUAAAACACGUUGUUGCUAUUGAUUUUUAACGAAAAUCUACAAACACACACACACGCACAGAGAAAAAGUGUUAAGUGAGGUUUCUGUUUUUCUUGUUGAAGCAAAAAUAAAGCGCUUGCGCUUUAAAGCAGAUUUUGGCAAAAAGAGUGUACGAAUUGUAAAAAUACGAACAUUUAUAAAAAAGGCGAAAAAUCACUACUACCAAUAAUAAAAAUAGACUUAAACUGUUUUAUGCAAUAAACACAGAGCUAAAGUACAGAGAAAAUGUUAUAAAUACAAAAAAAAAAACAAUAUUUAAGAAAAAAAAUAUAUAAUAAUAAAAACAACAACGAAACAAAAACGAUGACGAAGUUUAAGGUAUAAAAAAUAACCAAAAGAAGAUUCAACGUUUUUCCUGCUAAAACUAUACAACACAACAUCAAACGAGUUGGACACUUACAGGCAGUUGAAACAAUAUAUAAAAUAAAUUAAAAAAAAAAAAAUAUUACAAAAAAAUUUUAAUUUAAAUUAGAAGAAAAAAAAAAGAGUUUAAAAUUUUAUACAAAAAAAAGUGUUCAUUAGUAGGUGCGUUGGUGGGGGGGAAUAAAUACGUUUUUCUAAAUGGUGAAAUUGGCUUAAAAAUAAAUUUUAAUUUUUUUCCAAAUUUUAAAAGAAAAUUAGAAAAUUUUUGUAAAUGAUUCACCAUAUUGCAUUUUUUUAAGUGUGUUUUGACAUAUAGUUAAUGGUGGUGCAUUUAAGUAGAUGACAGUGUUUUGCAAAAAAACAAAAACGACAAUUUUAUAAAAAUCAAUAAAAUUUAGUUUAAAGAAAUUUCUUUUUCUUAUACAAAAGUUUUAGACAAAAUAAAAACAUUAAAAAAAAACAAAGUACAACCGAAAAUAAUAAAAAACAAAAGAAAAUUAAUUCAUAGAAUCAAAAGAAAAUGUAUUGUAAAGUUAUAUAAUCUUUCUCACAAGUCAAAGGCAGCUAAAGAAUAGAAAAAAAAUCAAAGAAAACGUGUGUGUGCUGCAUACAGCAAAAUUAACCUUAAAUGUAAAUCAUCAUUAAAACCUAAAACCCAAAAAAAGCAGCAGCACAAGAGCAGCAGUUAAACAGAGGGGAAAAAGGGGCCAGCCAUUAAAAACCAACACGAAAACUUAAAUUUCAUAUAGUUUAUAUAUAUAUAUAGAACAGCAACCUACAUUUUAGCAGAAAUCUUCAACAUUCACAAUCAAUAAAUCUCUCUAGAGAAAAAAAAUCAAAAUCCUCUUAAAAGAAUUAUGGAAAUUUCUUAAAAGAAAAAGCAAAAAAAAAGUAGCAGUAAAAGAAAACCUCAUCAUAGCAACAACAAAAGUCAAAAUGGAAUUUUCAUAAUAACAACAACAACAAACAAUCAACAUUCAAUUAAACUAAUAAUUAAUUUAAUAACAAACUUUAAAGUACAACUUCCAACAACAACAGCAGCAGCACAACCCUUUUAAGCUCACCUCCUACUCAACUAACAAGCUCCUUAAUCUUAAAAGCACCGCAACACAGCAAUCGCAGCAACCACAGCAACAAAAAGCAAAAGAACAAAAAAAAAAAAAAAACUCCCUUAGAAUGGGCAAGAAAAAAGUUCCGAGUGAAGAUUUAAUUGUACCACCACAAGAUCAAAGAAUAUGUGGCACUAUUUGUGUAUGUCAAAUGACUUUGGUAUUAAGUUCGGUAGCCUUAGUUUAUCUUACGGUAGCCAUUUAUAUGCCCUCCACACGAGCGUUUAAAAGUGGCAUCGAUCAGACGCCCGUCAUGUGUACGACCACAAGAGCCGUCAACAAGGAGAAUUGUGACUGGGGCUCCUGUGGUGAGUGGUGCCUGAGCAAAACCUCGGGCGCCUGUAUACAGAUCUUUGUUAACUUACGCAACAAUGGCACAAAUCUAUCCUUCCAGAAUUGCACGAAUUCGGCGAAUAAGACGUGUUAUGGCAUCGAUCAGGAUAGCGCCGAUAAGGCGCGUUGCAUUAAUGAUGAGUGUAAGAAUUUGACGGGUACAUUUAAUUGUACCGCCGGCCAGUGUCUCAAUAUAACGGAUGCAUUUGAGUGUGUGUUCAAGAAUAGUGAUUCGCCGGUUAAGUGUUCGGGUCGCAGAGGGAAGAUCAACUGUAUGGAUAUAUCGGGUCUAUUCUCGUGUAAUAGGGGUACAUGUCGUAAAAUUCGCACGCCCUAUAAUUGCGAUCGUCGCUGUGUCGAUAUACCAACACGCAACAAGAAUGUGGUCAUACUCAGCGGUGAUAAGGUCCAUCUUUCUCAGUGUCAAACUGCCAUUAAUGCUGACACCGAUGAGGAAGUGUGGACCGAUACCGAGGAUAAUGUGGUGAUGGCCUCCUGCUAUUUCAUUAGAACCUCGUCCGAUCGUGUGGAUGCCGUCGACUGUGUUAACGGUUCUACAUUGGACCACAAUUUACUAACGGAUCUUACGAAUUUCACUUAUCUGAGUCAUUUGCAUAUAUCUGUGGCCACUCUUGUGCCGGAGAUCGCUCCGCCCGACAUUGAUCUAACCAUAUCAAAUGAAUCGAAACUUAUGAUCAAUCUCGAGGGCUGUGUCAACACGCUCAUGGAUGAGUGUAAGGAGUUUCUCAAGGAUUUCGGACGCGAUGGCAGUGAUCAUAAUGCCCGCGCCCGUUUUCCUUGUUACUAUUCGCCCAAUAAGAAGGACAUUGUUGUCGCUCGUUUCAAUCUAGAGGUGACAUAUCGUCAGUUUGUGGUUGCCUCAGUAGUGCCGUCCGUGUUGUUUGUGGUUUCGUGUCUGGUGCUGCUGCUGUGUCAGAAGACCGUUUAUGUGGGUGAUGAUGCUAAGAUGCGUUUUAAGGGUUGUGUCGAUACCGAUACGAUAUUAUCGAAGAAUGCCUUAGAUCAGGGUAUGGAAGAUAAUGGUGGUGUUGGCGGUGGUGGGGAUGAAGUUAUGGCUCUAUGAGAUCCGUCACGCAUUCCUCUACUACAAGAAGACAGUCCAGUUCAUCAGCCCGGCAUAUUUGCAUUGCAAUAAAAAGCAGUUUUUUUUUAAAAUUAUGUUUUAACAACAAAAACAAUAUUUAUG